AUGCCGGUUUAUUCAGGAUCAUGCGUCUGCCGCAGAAUUGAAUAUGAGCUUAGACUGGACUCCCCAGAUGAUGCGCGUACAUCUCUGUGCCACUGCCGCAACUGCAAAAAAGCUUUCGGUACCAACUAUGGACUCACAGCAAAAGUCCCGAAGGAUGCAUUCUGUCUCCUCAAGGGGGAGCCGAAGGAACAUGCAGCCGACAACGGAUCUGGGGCCGUGGUUCAUCGCGAAUUCUGUGAUCACUGUGGCAGUUUUAUUUUAGAGUAUGGGGAAGCCGCCAAGGAACAUUCUCGUUAUAUCUGCGUGGGGUCUCUCGAUGACCCGGAGGCAUUACCCCCCAAGGGCGAAUUCUUCUGCAAGGAGCGGGCAAGUUGGAUGCCAGAGGUUCCCAACGUGUUCCACAAACGAGAAAUCAAACAAUAA